AUGCUGGGCAAAGGUGGUUUUCAAGUCAAGUGUUGGCAGUUCAGUGGACAAGGAGAGGAUCUUGAAGCUCCAAAGGGAAAAUCUGAAUCCAAAAUGCUGCUCAAAGGAACAAAGGAGCACCUACGAGUAUUGGGCAUGGGUUUGAAUCCUGGAGAAGAUCUGAUGGAAAUUAAAGUAACACUGAACUUCUCACAGAAGAAGAAAGCUCAACGGACUGGUCCCAACUUGGAAGAGACAGACGCCCCAAGAGACAAAAGUGUUCUACGCGGAGACUACAGGCUGGGAUUGAUAAAGGAAGUGUUCCCCGGCAGUGACGGCAAAGUGCGCAGAGUGACCUACAAGAACCCUAAACAAGGUGAAAAACAGUCGGUGUAUACUGGAGUGAAGGACACUACAGUCUCUCGCAGUGUGCAGCGUCUUGCGUUGCUUGUUCCAGUCGACAGGUUUUCAGAGAUGGAGGAUUCAAAUGGCGACGUCUCAGAAACUGCAGCAACAUUUCCUCACAUGCACCAUAUCAAGAUGACGAAAGUGAGUGCCCCUGAGAGACCAAUAGAUGAGUGGGCGGAUGACGUGACACCGAGCUUUGUCAUCCAGGGACUGCUAGACUCUUUUGGCCCCGGAUGUAAAGAUACGAAGAACUGCACGUGCUGUCAUCGCGAAGGGGAGACAACUCUAGCAACUGUGUGGUGCUCGGUGUGCGAUGACGCCCUGUGUCACGCAUGUGCUAGGGCGCACAGUCUCAUCUCAGCCACUCGUCAUCACGAUACAACUGACCUGUCUGGUGAGGCCGUUAUCCCAAGGAAACGAAACAUCAAGUGUAAAGAACACAAAGGUGAAAACAUCAAAUUCCUGUGCAAAGAUUGCAAGAAAGUCACCUGUCACACCUGUUGUGUUAUCUAUCACAGGAAAUGUGAGUCAGUUGUCACAUUGGCGUCGGAAUUACCUGCAUUGAAGUCCCAGCUGUUGAAUAAGAAGGACACUAUUUUGACGAAGAAAAUGGAAAUGGAAGCAGAAGUUGAUGCAGUAAAAGUGGACGUCACUAGUGAAAAAGAUAGAUAUGCAAAAAUAGAACAGGGCAUCAAAUCUGUUGGUAGCAAAGCUAGAGAGACGAUAACGCUCAUGGAAAGUAAACUCCUAGAGGAACUGAAAGAAGUUUCUGAAAAGCACAUUGAACAAAUGACAGCCGACAUAAAGUCGGGUGAAAUAUCAAUACAGAUGUACCGACAACAGGCUGAGCUGAUAGAGCAGACUCUACAAUCUGAGUGUGAUAUGGACGUUUAUGAGAUGUAUCAGGGAUGUGAUGCCGGUGAUGUGGAUACUGUCGGAGACGUAGACGUGAAGAAGAGGGGUAGAAUAGCCAGGAUCAUGUUCAUACACAACACAUGUACAGACAGGCUGAGAAGAGCACUGGACGUUCUACAGCUGGGUGAGAUAGAUGUCCAGUAUGACGGUAUGCAGCCCCUGUGUCACAAGACCCUGGUAAAGUGCUGGACCUUACAAGACUCCAUUAACGCUAGUGUAGCAGGAGACGAGUAUGAAGUAUACCCUGUUGACGUAACGGUGUUUCCGGUGAAUGGUACAUACACAUUGGUUCUAACAGACUACGACAACAACAGUGUGAAGUCCUUCUACACCAGGAACAAACAACGACGUCACAGCAAGCUCCAACUGGGGGGUUCACCGUGGGGUGUAACAAGGCUGAAACACAACCAGGUGGCUGUCACUGUGAUGCAUAGGAGGCAGAUUGUAACAGUUAAAGUGAACCCUGACCUGGUGCUGCUGUCGACAAUCACAACCAGCAAGCAGUACCGGGGUAUAACGUCUCUGACACCAUCAACACUAGCAGCAGGUUCUGAAAGAUGUGUGGAUAUUCUGGACAUGAGAGGAAACGUCAUAAAGUCGAUGAACACUGUAGGUAGCAGAAAGGAAAUCAUACAAUCUCCUUCCUUUCUUUGUACAACAAGAACAGGAAACAUCCUUGUGUCGGAUAGAGGUUCGAAGCGUGUCCUGUGCCUGACAGCUGAAGGGGACGUUGUGUUCACCUUCCCUACACCAGGACGCACAACACUGGGAUAUCCACGUGGUAUCACAAGUACCAGUACAGGUGACAUCCUGGUUACUGACUACUAUCAACAUACUGUUGUUCAUCUUACAGAGUCAAGACAGUUUGUCAGAAACAUACUCACGGAAGAUGAUGGUGUCUUGUUCCCGCAAGGAGUUUGUGUAGAUGGACGUGGCCGUGUUUAUAUUUGUAAUUACCGUUCAGGUGAAAUCAAAGUAUUCAGUUUCAGUAACACAAUAUAGACCUUUGAUUCUUUCUCAAGUGAUCAUUGCAUCUGUAAAUAUUCCAAUUAACUACAUUUACAACGGCCUCCUGACUGCAGAUUGACGGAGCUGGUGUUGAUAAAUCAUCACAUGUAAUGUACUGUGUGACUGAGCAUAUCUAAUAUAUAGUGUGAAUGAGUAUUUCUGACUGUAUAGUGUGAAUGAGUAUAUCUAAGGUAUAGCGUGACUAAGUAUAUCUAAUAUACUGUGUGACUAAGUAUAUAUAUCUAAUAUACUGUCUGUCUGACUAUAUCUAAUCUACAAUGUGACUGAGUAUAUCUAACAUACUGUGUGUCUGAGCAUAUCUAAUGUACUGUGUGACUGAGCAAAUCUAAUGUACAGUGUGAAUGAGUAUAUCUAAUAUACUA